AACAAGAAGGUUCUCCUAGGUUUCCUUCCGGAGAAGGAUUUCUAGCUGCAUCAUUCCUUUUGGAUGUUCGGUUUCGCUGCGAUCGAACCAUUUUAAAACAAAUAAAGUUGCGAUAUACAAUGUWGACGUUGCUAGCUUCGACGUUCGUUCAAAAGAGGUCGAAUUGUGGCUCUCCCGAGCUUUGAAUCUGCCACUGUUUACAUAAGUUYACGUGUUGUCACCUAAUAAGAAUUUUGAUUGGUCAAAUGAAAUACGUGAGCUCAUGCUCUAGGUUCAAAGAUCACAAUUUCCAUAUCGGGAGUGUGUCCGCAGACCAGAAGUCACCAGGGCUCAAUUUAAUCUUGCAAAUAAUUUCUGURACUGRUCGGGUAGUUAUUUAUAUUCUCAACAAUGGAUCGAAAGCGUCGCCUUUGUGAACACUGCAAUCAAUUUGUGAAUGAUCGCACUUACAGACUACAUCGYUCCUUGUAUUAUAAUCCAAAUACUGAGAUUUGGCAGCUUUCUGGAGAGUUAUCAUCCGACGAGGAUUCUAACAGUGGUGGAAGUGAUUCACCUCAACUUGGCCUUCGAGAGCACUUCGAAGUUUGUGAACAUGAUAGACCAUCAACUCCAAAACCUUCAGCGGAAUUCAAAGGGGCAGUUGUUAAUGAACUUGAGGAAGAAGAUAUAAGGUUAGCAGGACUAGAUGCUGUGGAUCGCCAAGAUGAAGACGUUAUAUACAUGGAAAGGUCAACAAAUUCUGAUUGCAAUGUUGAAAUAUGGAAUUUAUCUGAAGAAGAAGUAGAGCUCGAUUUUGAUGGUGAACAAGAUCCAAGGUUAACUGUUCCUUUUCAUGAUGUCAGAGAGGAAAAGUCUCAAUGCAUUGUCAAAUGGAUAAUGAUUUUUCUAUGCGUUUGGUCUUCAUACUGCUGCAUUUCAGAUUAUGCUCUAGAUGUUCUCAUCAACUUUAUUUAUGCUGUCUUCAAAUCAUUUGGUACAGUCUUUCCAACAUGGCUGGCUUAACCCUAAUAUUUCCAAAAUCUUUAAAUUUGCUUAAAAAGAAACUUGGCUUGAACAGAGAUAAUUUUACAAAAUAUGUAGUUUGUACUAAAUGUGAAACUCUAUACAAGUUUGAUGACUGUCAUAAGGAGUGGUUAGGUCGAACAGUAAUUAAAAACUGCUCAUUUGUUAGCCAAGAGAACCAUCGACAGCUGUUUAGAAGAACCUCUUGUGGCCAGCCUCUGCUAAAGGAAGUAGUUCUCAAAAAUGGCAAAAAAAGACUUUAUCCCUUCAAAGUUUAUUGUUAUAACAGCAUCAUUGAAAACUUGAAAAGACUGAUAAAUAAACCRAACUUCCUGGCUAACUGUGAGUUAUGGAGGAAAAGAAACAUGCCUCAGAGUUUUCUGGCAGAUAUCUUCGAUGGGAGAGUUUGGAAAGACUUUAUGUAUAUUGAAGGAAAAYCCUUUUUAGCAUCUCCACGUAA